AUGGCUUCUCAACUACUUCCCCUAGAACUCGUCGAUAAGUGUGUGGGCUCCAGAAUAUGGGUUGUCAUGAAAGGCGAAAAAGAAUUCAGCGGGACUUUAGUCGGCUUUGACGAUUACGUCAAUAUGGUGCUCGAGGACGUGACCGAAUAG